GUCCGGAGGUGCGCGCAUGCGCAUGGCCAGCCAAGCGGCCAACUAAGGGGCCAUCAUGGAGAGAAAAGUUCUGGCACUUCAGGCUAGGAAGAAAAGGGCCAAAGCCAGGAAAUCGACCAAAAAGCCUGCACAUCCUCCACGUGGGCCGUCUCAACAGCAGCCUCCUAUGGAGACCCAGAUACAAGAGCCCGAUGAGGAAAUCCUCGGCUCCGAUGAUGAGGAGCAAGAAGAUCCUAAUGACUAUUGCAAAGGAGGCUAUCACCAUGUGAAAAUAGGGGACCUAUUCAAUGGUAAAUACCAUGUGAUCCGUAAGCUAGGAUGGGGGCACUUCUCCACUGUGUGGCUGGCUUGGGACAUCCAAGGGAAGCGGUUUGUAGCAAUGAAGGUGGUGAAGAGUGCAGAGCAUUACACAGAAACAGCUGUGGAUGAAAUAAAGCUACUCCGAUCUGUCAGAAAUACAGACCCUGAUGAUCCAAACAGAGAAAUGGUUGUGCAGCUGUUGGAUGACUUCAAGAUCUCAGGGAUCAAUGGAACUCAUGUUUGUAUGGUAUUCGAAGUGCUGGGGCACCACUUGCUUAAAUGGAUUAUCAAGUCCAACUAUCAAGGCUUACCUCUGCCCUGUGUCAAGAGCAUCAUUCAACAGGUUCUUCAAGGCCUGGAUUACCUGCACACCAAGUGUCAAAUCAUCCACACAGACAUUAAGCCGGAGAACAUUCUCAUGAGCGUUGAUGAGCAGUAUGUCAGACGGCUGGCUGCAGAAGCAACUCAGUGGCAGAAAGCAGGAGCUCCCCCUCCCUCUGGGUCAGCAGUGAGCACUGCCCCAGCUCCUAAACAGGUGCCCAAAAUGUCAAAAAACAAGAAAAAGAAGCUAAAGAAGAAGCAGAAGCGACAAGCAGAGCUCCUGGAGAAAUGCAUUAUGGACUUGGAGGAGAUGGAGAUCGGACCUGAGGGCAAAGAGGAAGAGGAGUAUGACCCAGAAUCUCCCAAAUCCCCCUCCUGUGCCCCGCUCAGACAGGCAUCACUGCAGGACAUCGCUACUGAGGACACAAUAAUGGAGACCAGAGAGAGACUAACUUCAGAUGCUUCACUGGAGCUUAACUGUAACGGCUGCCUGCACACCAGUCAAACACAGCCUGAGGAGAACAUUCAUGGAGACCAGCGACAAGCCCAACUGCAGGAAGACCACCAUAAUGCAAACGCAUGUGCACGGGAUGUGACUCAGAGCAUGUAUGAGUAUUGUAAUGGGGCAGAGUCCCCAGAAAUUGACCAGGCCGCCUACAGUAAUGGCACCUCAGGCCAAGAGCAGUUGGAGGAAGGAGAGCUGCACCCUGGGGGGGAAGAUCAGCAAACGUCUAGAUCCAGAGCUAGAGAACAGAACAAGAACGGCAAGUUAUCAGCUGGAAGCCUAUUGGUCAAUCCACUAGAUCCACUCAAUUCUGACAAGAUCAAGGUCAAGAUUGCUGACCUGGGCAAUGCUUGCUGGGUGCACAAGCACUUUACUGAAGACAUUCAGACCCGACAGUACCGCUCUCUGGAAGUGCUGCUGGGCUCAGGGUACAGCACACCGGCUGAUAUAUGGAGCACAGCCUGUAUGGCGUUUGAGUUGGCCACUGGUGAUUACUUGUUUGAGCCCCACUCUGGUGAAGAUUACUCCAGAGAUGAAGACCACAUUGCUUUGAUCAUUGAACUGCUGGGGGCAGUCCCGCGCAAACUCGUACUGACCGGAAAAUAUUCCAAGGAGUUUUUCACCAAGAAAGGUGACCUGAAGCACAUUACUAAGCUGAAGCCGUGGGGUUUGAUGGAUGUACUGAUGGAUAAAUACGAGUGGUCUCGAGAGGAGGCUGAGACCUUCACUGAUUUCCUGCUUCCUAUGCUGGAGCUCUUGCCAGAGAAAAGAGCCACAGCUGCCGAUUGUCUGCAGCACCCUUGGCUUGCCCUCUAGUGUGUUUUCUGCAUCACUGCACCUACUUCAGGCCAUCUCUCACUAAACUCAAGAGACUGCAACAGAUCACUUUCCAAUUUUUAGAGCGUAUGGGGGUAGUUAUUUUUCUUCUGUUAAUCUGAGUGGUUUCUAAUGCUUGGUUCAUCAGAGGAAUAGUACAUUUGUCCUUUUUGUUCUUGCUUUUUUGUUUGACUGAAAGUGUUGAGAGGUUUUCUUAUGGGUCACAACUUCUGUGAUCUCUAUACCAUCUCUCUUAUUAUGGCAAAGGAUGAAAUGGUGACCCCAGAUAUGUCGCUUAUUGUCUUGUUUAUAUACCUGUGUAUUUUCAGAUGUUAUAAAACAUAAAAAUAGGGGUGUAUAUAAAAAAGAAAGUUCACUCCACCUGAGAGCUAACUGCUUGGACUGCAGUAUGAUGCAUAGGAAAUCCUUUUGUUACGUGUAGUUUCCUGAGUCGGGAAGGAAUGGUGGUUUAUGGAAAGGGAAUUGUUUUGUUUAACUUAUGACUGUAGAGUAUAUAAAUUCAAAUUAUUUCAGUUCUGUCAAGUUCUCCCCACCUGUGUUUCUCUCAACUAUGAAAGUGUGUGUGUGUUUGUGUGUGUGUGUGUGUGUGUGUGUGUGUGUGUGUGUGUGUGUGUGUGUAUUAGUUCAGUAGGUUUUGAUCUUGUCUGUCUCAGAUUUGAUUUUUAAGAACUAGUCUUCUCUCCCAUGAGUUAGUGCAUAAUUGUGUACAAGAUGCUUCCAUGCAAAGUGAGUAACUGGUAAGGGCCACAAAAAUGAGAUUUCUUGCGGGAGAAAAAAGAAACAUUUAUUGUCUGAUAGUGUGUGUGCGAGUGCGUGUGUGUGUGAGCACGCAUGUGCACGUGUGUCUGUAUAUAUGUGUACCAAAGAGUUUGCCUUGAUCUGUAUAUUACAGCCAUGUACAGUUUUUAAAAGAAAUCCUACUAUUGCAUCUGAGCUAAAAUUAUUUAGCUGGAUAGAAGUGUUUUAAUAAAGUAUUUGGAGGAUGGGUGAACCCAUUGUCUGUCUAAAUGUUCUCAAAUAAAAAACAAAUGAACAAAUGGAGGUGAAUAAACUGGUAACUAUUGGUUAACUUUAAUGCGCACAGUGCUUUUGGAUAGUAAGAAAAAUAAUAUUUGCCAUAAAUAAUGGAUGUCAUUUAGUGCACAGAAAAUUAACAAGAGUGCUAGAAGACAAUUUCAGAUUUGAUCAAAUUGUGAGCGGGUCAUUUGGAAUUGAAUUUCCACUUCAGUGUUCAGUCCAGGCUUCAUCUGUAAACAUGGAAACAUUCCAUUAGAAUUGGGAAUUUUGUAUUGUAUUUUGAUUGUAAAUGCAAUCCAAGAAUAAGGUUUAUAAAGAUGGAAACAAAACUUUAGGAUAAUUAAUUUACAGACAGCCAGUUGGGAUUCUUUUGGAGAAUUUUACAAACUUUCCUGCUUUCACUUGUGACUUCAUGACUUAAUAAAGUAAUUAUGAUUUAAUCUCAGUUCCUUAAAGGGAUAUUUCAACCAAAAAUGACAAUUGUCUCAUUUACUCACCCUCUUGCCAUCCCAGAUGUAUAUGACUGAUUUUCUUUUGCUGAACACAAAUAAAGAUUUU